GUCAUGCUUCCCUUUUCAUUCCCCGCUUCAGAGACCCCCUGGGGGCUGCCGGUGGUGGCCGAUGGCCCGGCUCCCUUAGCGAAGGCCGUGAUGGCAGAACUGGCCGACCUGAAGUUAGAACACAAGCCAUGGCCCGGAGGGACGCACUCCCUCCGCUACCACUACCUGGCCCUGUCGGAGCCAGGCCCCGGCCUCCCCCAGUUCCUGGCUGUGGGCUACGUGAACGACCAGCCCUUCAUACGGUAUGACAGUCGUGUGGGCAGGGCCGAGCCCCAGGCCCCAUGGAUAGCGUCCGUGGACGCCCGCUACUGGGAGACGGAGACCCAGAAGCAGAAGGCCUGGGCAGAGGUGCAGCAGGUGGAGAUGUGGACGGUGAUGGGCUACUACAACCAGAGUGGCGGCACGCACAGCGCUCAGCGCAUGUUCGGCUGUGAAAUCCAGGAGGACGGCCGCUCCAGCAGCUUCUGGCAGUUUGGCUUUGAUGGGCGGGACCACCUGUCGCUGGACCUGGAGACGCUGAGCUGGGUGUCAGCCGAGCCCAUGGCCGUGCGGACCAAGCGCUGGUGGGAGUCGGAGCGCUGCUACGCCGAGUAUGACAAGGCCUACCUGGAAGGCCUCUGCCUGGCCUCCCUGCGCAGGUAUCUGGAGCUGGGAGGCCCGAGCCUCACCCGCAGAGAGCCGCCCACGGUGCAGGUGACAAGGCACACGAUCCAAGGCAGGGGCACCACCCUGAGGUGCUGGGCCCGGGGCUUCUACCCACAGGAGAUCUCCCUGAGCUGGUGGCUGGGGGAGGAGGAGCUGGGCCUGGAGACGGAGCACAUGGAGACGCGCCCCAGCGGGGACGGCACCUACCAGACAUGGGCUGCUGUGUGGCUGCAGGCCGGGGAGGAGGCUGGCUACACCUGCCGCGUGCAGCACUCCGGCCUGAACCACACGCUCACUGUGGCUUGGGAACCGGCCCCUCGUCAAGAAUUCGUUGCCGUGGUUACCUGCGCUAUCCUGCUGGUGCUGGUGGUUGGAGUUGUGGUCUUCACCAGGACACGCCUUCGAGCCAGGAGCACGGAAUCCUACGAACAAGCCCCAGGUGGAGAGCGACCCCCAUAAUUCCCAGAGCUCAGUGGGAACAGGGGUGCUCGGCUCCUCUACUGACAGAAGUUCGCAGACCAAGAAGCUGUUCUGUGGGGUGAUGGGGGCCUGGAAGCGCCUUGCACUGACUGGCAGAUGUGAUCUGACAUAGACCACCCAAACCUGUAGAGAAUUUUUAUGAAUUUAUUUUAAUCAAAUUGCUGACAUGCCACGAAGAAAGAUCGCAAGUGCUCUGGA